CCAUUUCUCAGGAGCGACUAUCAAGGUUGUAGGUUGCACAAACCGCUGAAAUUGGGAACUGCUGGGAUUUUUCGGAACUAGUUAUGAGGUUAGCUAUCAAGGUAGCGAGGCGGUUCGCAAACGGUCUACUUUCUAAAUAGCUUGUCACCGCGAUGCGGCGCGGGGAGCCGGUGCCGAGAGCCUUUCAGGCUCCCGUUGACGUGCACGCGAGCGCGGAUGGUCAGGUGUACCUGUUCAGGGGCGGCCACGAGGAUUCUGGGGGGUCUUCCGAGGAAGAGUUCAGCAUGACGGAACUGAGGCCUCGAACUCGGGAGUCGGGCUCGCAGGAGCGCGAGAGGACCGGGGACCUGUUGCUGCUGGAGCGGGAUGUGGCUCACGGAGACAAUUUGAACAAGCUGGCGCUUCAGUAUGGCUGCAAGGUGGCUGACAUCAAGCGGGUUAACAACCUGAUCCAGGAGCAGGACCUGUACGCUCUCAAGUCCAUAAAAAUCCCUGUAAAAAAACACAGCUUCUUGACUGAGGUGGGCGGUGCCGCCGAACCAGCGGAACCGGGCCCGCCCCCUGGAGCUUCGCCCUCAUUCUCGCACCCUCUGACCCCAAAUGGCUCCAUCAAGCCCCGCCUCCAGGAGUACACAGACUUCCUCAAAGAGGUGGACCAGGACAUCGAGAUGCUGAUCCAGAGCACAGACGCCCAGGACGAGAUUUUGUCGGAAGGCCAGGAGGGCCCCCAGCGGGGGGGCGGGGGCGGGCGGCCCAGCAGCUAUGGGGCGGAUUGGGGCAUCCAGUGGUGGAACGCUGUGGUCGUCAUGCUUUUGGUGGGCAUCAUCCUGCCCCUGUUCUACAUCAUCUACUACAAGACGCAAGACAGCGGGGCGUCGGCCACGAGCGAGGGUGCGGCGGGCAUCCUCAACUCUACCUGGGAUGGCGAUCGGUCGAACCUCAGUGCCCUGACGCAGAGGGGGAGCCCGUCUCACUUGCUGAACAGGCCUCUGCUGUAGCUCUGCCGGGAGGCUGGAGGGCUGCGACGGUACGACAGGAAGCUAGGAGAGGAAGCACGUUUUUACUUAAACCAGCUUUUAACAGUCACCCUACAGGUUAUCCUGCAGGCAAGCUCAAUGAGAUGAGAUCACCAGAACAAGUGUGGGUCCUUUUGCUUCAGCACCCCUGGCCCUCCUAGCCUACUGCCCCUGCCAAUGCCCCCCCCCGCCAACCCCUAGUUCAUCCUAACUUCAAGUGCUUGUCGCUUCCUCAUCUUGGAAAGGAAAACAAGUGUUGCCAGUGUGUUAACACUUUUUUUGCACUCCAGAUAUUAAUUACUAAUUUGUUAAUUUCUGACUUUUAUAAUUGUCUCUUGUCCUGUUGUCAUUUUAAGAGGUAUGCUGUGUUUAAGAGGUUAUUUACGUCUGCGUGUCAUACCAACAGUGCCAAUUCAUGAACGCGUAACUUUUUUGUGUUUGCGUUAACUGGUUACCAGAAGGCUUGCCAGGAUCAGAGUUUUAUUAUUUAAACAUGGAAGAAAUAAAAAGGAAUCAAAGUUUUUCUAACUUACCACUUUGAAACUAUAAAAACUAUAAAAACUAUUUGCACACCUGAGAAACGUCUUUGCUGGUGCUAACAAAUGGAACAUGAAAGCUAAGAACCAAAAGAGGAAAAGAUUUUCUGCAACAUUGCUUUCUUUCAGCACCAAAACAUUAUCACUAGUAAUAAAGUUUCUGAGUUGCAGGAAGCAGCUUUGCAGAAAAUUGUUUCUUCUCUAGCUUCUUAACUUUGUUUUUAUCGCUAACAUAGUUUCAGUGUUUACAGGACCUUCCUUACAGGCGUCUUCUUCAAUAAGCUCACCCAAUCCUUGCAGGUUCCUCAGGAAUAUGCAGUACCUAGAUUAUUCAUAUAGGGUUAUGACACUGUGACGUAUCCUUUUUCAAAGUGGAACAAAUCAUCUCCAUUUAUUUCCAGCGUAUGGAGCUCUACUGUCUUCUGGUUUGGCUACAGUAAGUGAACAGAUCAGUCUGUCUGUUUUAGUAACACUGGGACAUGCAGUCCCAGGAAGCAAGAGAUUGCAAAUGAUGAGGAAUUUUACAAGCAGAAAAAGCAAAUGGUUCACUGACAGCGAAUGUGGUAGGGCUAGAGGAAAAUUACAAUUUCAGCAUUGCAAAUGAACAGUGACCAAGUUUACUUGCACAUUUUUAUUCUGAACUUACUCAGAAAACUAGUAUUCCGGUUACGAUUCAGAACAUGUGAACGUGUUAUUCCUGAAGGCAAAACCCGAGUAAGACCUUAUACCAAAUAUGCAAAAUCCAAAUAACAUAGGUUGCAAAUGGAAGGAAUGUAAAGGCCUUAUUCUGUUUACAGCCCUCAAGCACAGUCUGUGCAUGUACAUAUCGCAGGGUGUCUUGGUUGUUGAAGUCGGCCAGCUAGUUUACUGUUAGUCACAGCAAGCGCAAAGCCCUCACUUCUGGACUGAUGAGGAGACCCUACUUUCUGCAUUUACAGAAUUGGACAAUGUGCAAUGCUGGGAUGCAGAACACAUCGAAAUAGCCAUUUGUUUGAGGAUGCAGCAGGCAGAAGGAGAGUUCAGUCGUACCACAGAACAAUGUAGACUCAGGUGGAAGACCCUGAAAGCAGUGUAUUUUAAGUAUGGCUGUCAUAAAUUAAUCUCACAUUAAGGCUAUUACAAUUAUUAACUACAGUACCUGAAGAUAGGAUUGUAGAUGCCACAGCCAAAAUAAUAAAAUGCAACUAAUUACAUAAUAAGUUUAACAUGUUCAUCAUUAAUAAUUUUUUUGCGUAAGCUAACGUGUUAACAUUGACAGCCCUAAUUUCAAGGCAACAAAACGAUACCAGCAGUUCACACCCAGGAGAUGUUAAACACUUCAUUCACAUGUAAGAAUUAAAACGCCUUUAGCACUGCCGGAAAGAUGUACAUUAAAUAUGCAGCCAACUAUCUAUACAGGAAUUAAAUUGGGCUAUUCCUCACACGAUGCAUGUAGACUGCAUAAUUGGAAUAUGACCAAAACCAGAAAAUGGAUAAUUAUAUGGAGUAUGAUGUGCAUAUAAACGUGGUCUGUGAUAAUUACUUAAAAUGUCUUACUUAUGUUGCGUUGAUUGGGUGUGUGGCUCUACCAUAUAAAAACUUCGAAUUUCUUUGAGUACCACUAGUUGCUUGUGAAAGAUAUGCAUUCAUAUUGUUCAGUUGUGCCAACAGUUGUUUUUUUUUCUUCAAAUUUUUCUUGUCACCCUGACAGUGAACCUCAGAAAAUAUAUGCUGCCUUUUUUUUCUUAUAGAAACUGAAAGGGGGAAAAAAUCUAAUCUUGGCAAUUCUUUUUAUAAGCAACAACGAAUAUUCUGAUCAGUGUUGUUUAUCAAAAUGGGUAAGGCCCACAAUUCUGUGCCAUAUCAUUGUUUAUUAAAUGUUUUCAAUUGUGAAUUUAACUUAUUUGAGAAAGCACUGCCACUUUGGUAUACAUAGGUAAUAUCAUCUGACUUUCAGAAUGAUCAACGCAGAAUGUUGUCUUUCAGAUUAAUGAAUAUGUCGGCUGCCAUAGCUCAAAUGCAAUAUUAGCCCUCUGAAAGUCUAAUUUUAGUACUAAACAUUUGUAGUUCGUGCUUCAUGCUAAUUUGUCAGAAACACUUUUAAAAAUAAAAUAACCAUUUAAUAAUGGAUAGAUGUAUUUUUGUAAGGAAUAACAUGACAUUGUAUAUAAAUCAACUUGGUUUUGAUACAUUUAGAUUCAGACAAAACCUCAGGAAUCUAAAUUGAAAACAGGUUUGUUUUCAUUCCGUUUGAUUACGUUGUCAAGUAAAUGUCUGAAAGUGACAUGGCGUACUUUCAGGGUGCCUCUGAGUUAUUUAGAAUAUAUUCUGAAAUUUACUGCAGCAUUAUUCCUGUGGCUUACAGAUGACUGAAGUGCAGUUUGUUUAAAGGUGCAUUAUGCAAAGUCUUAAUGUUUAACCAGAGCUUCAGUGAUUAAUUGGAGUGCACUUGGUUUUAACAGCUAUAGCCUUCCUUUUAGUUAUAAGUACAUUUUCAAAUUUAUAAUGAAUUUUUUGUCUGUAAAGUAGCUCACAGAACAAGGACUUUAUUAUGCUUUUUAUGUGGGCUGUGCGAUUGUUGUCAGGCUGGCAAUGAGAAUAGACUAGUGUUUAUCUCACUGAGGGGAAAUGAACAGUAAUUCUGUGGAUAUAUGUGAAUUCACCCACAGAGUGGGGUAAUAAUGCGGGGAAAACAUAUAAAGCGACCUCCAGUAUUAGUCAAGGCAGAUAUCUCAAUUGUUGCAGUAUUGGCUAGUGCAUCGCACAGUGGAAGCAUUGGUUUAACUGUGGCUUUUUAAGAGUGAGCCGGUUGCUUGUGUUCAGUAAAUUCUUAAACAUUUUCGCAUUAUCCAUCUAGUUUAAUUUAAGUGUGUACUACGCUUUCCAUUUACAGGAAUAUUUAAGUUAUCUGCGUACUGUACAUUGUUUUAAAGAUUUACUUAAUGUCAUAAGCCAUUUUAUUUAAUAAUUUCAUUUGUUUUAAUUUGUUAAGGGCACGAGACCUAACGUUUUUCGGCAUAAACAGAAUUUUGAAGGAUGAAGUUGUCCAGCCUGGCGUCUGAUCCUGAGACGGCUGACAUCAUUUCCGUCUUUUUCGGAAUGCCUGAAUGCCUGCACCGCGUCAGGAUGAACAUUAAGGGCGUCCCACUCCAAAAACCUCACCAGGCAGCCUUGGCUUUAACAGUUUUCGGGAUGGCGCGUUUGUGAAAGGAAAGCAGUGGGCUUUGUCUCCACCACUUCGCAUUGUGUUCUCUGCAUUUCUGUGCCAUGUACUGUAAGAAUGCCUGCAGUGUCUCCGAAUGUUCGGCUGAAGUUCAUCACUUUGUCUCUCUGUUCUUGAAACACUAUUUUAAAUAAAAAAAGAACAAACAAAACCUUUAA